AUGGAUGAAGAGGCGACCGGCGUAGCAGUGCAGAUUGCUGUGUUACGAGGAGAGCAUUUGGGAGAUAACAGAAACCAGCCCUUUCUCAGCUUUGUGGGUGCUGAAUUUAAUGGCGUGGUGUUGGGAGAAUCACAGAAGCUGCUGGUGCCUAUGGAAGAAGAUGUGAACUACAACUUCACCUGUGGCUUUGAAUGUUCAGAAGUGACCCACACCCUGAAUGAUCUAGCACAUAAACCCGUCAUAUUAACCCUGUUUGAGAUCCUCCCAAAAGAAAAAAAGAAAAAAGAGGAGAAGACUUUUGUCUUGGGCCAGGCUGUUGUGGACCUGCUUCCUCUGUUGCAUGGGCAGUGUAGCUUCUCCUCCAUUGUGGUGGUUCACCCAGCAAAUGGAUCACCCAAUGCAACUGUCUUGCAGAAUGGAGGAAUUAAGCCAACGCUGGAAGUGACAGUCAGUGUACCAGAGCCGUUGCUCUCAGACACCCAGCUCUCUCAAUCUAAUCUGUUCACCAUCACAGUGGAGACCGCCUACUCUGUGCCUGAGGUUUGGAACAAUGCUGCUGGGCCUCAACAUUGUUAUGUAGCUGCUCUGCAAGUCCCCCUAACAUCACAUGAGGAAGAGCAGACAUUGUUGUUCUCCAGUGGUGUCUUAAAAAUGGGUGGUGAAAGAGAGCCAGUGCCUAGAGGCAAAAAAUGGCCCCUUGGUCCAUUCCUCGCCCCAGACGCCCAGUUCAUCCCAGGCAUCUCCAUUGUCGACGGGCCUGCUAAUCUGGAGCAUAGUGACCUUCAUACUGUUGCGGAUGAGGUAUUUCAAAAAGAAGCUGAGUGUAACAGUAAAAGAGUGAGCUGGGACACAGCGCGCCGCUGUUUUAUGGAUGCAGGCGGAACAACAAGUCUGUCACACAGAAUUGUUGAAUGCAGCCUGUGGCCAGUGGAAGUUAUGAAAUGUGUGCAGUCUGGACCUUGCAAAGCAGGAGGAAAAGGAGGAAAAUCUGUAAGUAAUGAUAAACUGGAGGAUGGGAUUCAGAUUUCUUUCCAUGGAGUGGCCUAUGUCAACUUUGCACCUCUGCUGUACCCUGGGGUCAGGCAUAUCCGUGGGGCAUACAGAAUCCACCCAUUCUCUGAGUCUGACCUCCUAAUGAAGACCAAGAAGCAGGAAAGUGUGAUGAAUGAGAGCAUGAAGGCACUGGUAGCAGAGACUAGUUUUUGUCCAGGGUCGUCUUUACUCUCCGGCAGGGCAACACCCAGCAGUGUGUUGGGAGGCAAAGGCAAUAAAGAAGAAAUGAAAAAGGUAAAACCAGCCCAGGCAGAGGGUGUGACGGACAAUGAGCUGCAAGUGGAUCCUGAAGCUCAGAUGUAUGCAGAGUCGAGAUCAUACAUUAUUAUUGAAAUUGCCUUGGAAAAACCAUUGAUUCCAAAAAGACAGCCAGAAGAGCUUGCAAGACGAGUGAGAGAGCUGAUUCCUCCCAGGCCUCUGCAACCCCGAUAUUCAGCAGGAGCAGAGAGAGCUGUGCAGGAGUACCAAGCACAGAUGAUGAGCAUAACGGUACAGGUGUUGCAGCAGUAUGAGCAGAUGUUUGGAGCUGCAUUUGUUCCUGGUGCCAAGCCUCUAGACCCUGCCACCCAAGAGCAACGAAAAACUCGGUUGUUUGGAGAGCUGAACUGUUCUGGGAAAUACUUUGCCUUCAAGGAACAAAUGAAAUACUCAGUAGUGCGGAUUGUGCGUGAGAAGCUGCUGAGGACGGAGGCAUUUACCAACCAAGAGCAACUGCAGGCUUUCCUGAGUCAACUCUACAUCUUCCUGGUGGACGAGAUGCAUGUUGCACUUAAUAAGACCUUAUCAGCUGAAGAACAAGGGUGUCAGGCAAAGCCGCCGGACUGCAGUCAGCUCAGGCAGUUUGCCAAAGAGGCUCAGCUAAAUGAGGAUUAUCAACUAGCUGCCCACUAUUACCAAGAGCAACUAGCCCAAGAUCGGAGCAAUCCGUCCCACUGGUUUGAUUAUGGCGUGUUUUACAUGUGCACUGCUGAAUAUAUGAAGGCUGAGGAGUGCUUCCGUCUGGCUGUAUCUGUUGACCAAGAGCACAUACCCAGCUUACUUAUGUGUGGGAUUCUGUCAGAAAUGAAUGGUCAUUAUGAAGAAGCAGAGACCUUUUUUGAGAUGACCACAUGCAUCGAACCGAGCUCAGUGGUCACCUGGACCUUAUUUGGCUUGUUUUAUGUGGCCCAAGAGAACUUCAUUCAAGCAGAUAUGGCAUUCAGGGAAGCAACUAAGCAGCUGAAAGCAGCCCUGGGGUACAGCAGCCCAGGACAGAGAACAGAGACUGUGUGUGAUAAUCACACUCAUUCAGAGGAUAAUACACCGGUGGACAAACCAGCUGUGGAAGAACACACUGAGGGUGAGACAGAAGUACAGGACAAACCUCAGAGCAGUCAGGAGCUUAGAGCAGAAGAGGGUGACAAAACAAGAGCUGAUUCUGCACAAAAUUUCCCUCGAGACAAUCAGCCUCCCACUAGAGUUGAUACCACCAUCUACAUGGAGACAGUGAAGUUUCUACUACAGAGUUAUGCAUUGCAGAUGGCUCAGAGAGCUUUAGCUCAGGAGUUGUUGUGUCUAGAUGGAGGGCGAAGCAGCUCAUAUCAUUUGGCUCUGGCCCAAGUACAGCUGUUGAGAGGAGAGUACAGCAGUGCUGAGGCGAGUCUGCAGCAGGCCUUCAGUGAUAACUAUCAGAACCCUGAUAUGUGGGCCCUCUAUGGUCACCUGUACUACAUGAAAAAGGAUUACAGUCAAGCUCAAGAGUAUUAUGAAAGAACGCUGGACUUUGUGACAGAUGCUUCAGACACACAUACUAUUUGCCUGCGUCUGGGGUCCAUCUACUUAGAGAAAGGACAGUAUGCUAAAGCAAAGCCCACAUACAUGCAUGCCUGCAAGAGUUCUCCUUCCUGUCUCACCUGGCUCGGCUUGGGGAUUGCCUGCUACAAGUUGGGGGAGUUGAAUGAGGCUGAGGAAGCUCUGACAGAAGCUAAUACCCUCAAUAACCAGAAUCCUGAGGUCUGGGGUUACUUGUCACUGAUUUGCUUACAGACUGGAAGGAAACUUGAAGCAGAGCAAUCAUACAAGUAUGCUGUAAAGUUCAAUGUGUCAGAGGCACUGCUGCAGGAAUUAACAGAUGUGCAGACACAGGUUGGAUUUGGAAAUCCAAGUUUUUAAGAGCACCUGUACACCUAUAUUAAAAAAAAAACUGUUUAAGCAGUUGUGUUCAUGUAUUUUGGAGUGAUGCUGACCUCUUCUGCUCUUCGGACGUCGAACCUGCCUGAUCCAAACUGAUGAUCUACGUCUGGCUGGAGUCUCAUCACAUCGCUCCCAUGGAGGACAGCCCCAUAUGGACAGUUGAAAGACACAUUUGGAAGAU